GAAGACAACGCGGAAGUGUGCUGUCAACAGCAGCGCAGUAAGCCGCGGAAGUUAACUGUCCCUCAGGCAGACACGAUGUCCAACAACAACGAGAUCCGAUACUGUCACAGGUUUUCCUACAUUUGUCUCAAGUUCCUCCUGUUCUCCUAUGCCAUCAGCUGGUGGUUAAUUGGUGGAUUUAUCCUGGCUAUUGGCAUAUAUGCUGAGGUGGAGAGACAACGCUACAAGACACUGGAGGGGGUGUUUUUGGCCCCAGCUAUAAUCCUGAUCCUCCUGGGAAUCAUCAUGUUUAUUGUUUCAUUCAUCGGAGUCUUGGCUUCACUCAGGGAUAAUCUAACUCUCUUGAAAGUGUUCAUGUACACCCUGGCAGCGUGUCUGUUCCUGGAGCUGCUGGGGGGAAUCUUGGCGCUGGUGUUCCGCAACCAGACGCUGGAAUUACUGAACAAGAACAUCCGAAGGGGCAUAGUGAACUACUAUGAUGACCUGGACUUCAAAAAUAUCAUGGACUUUGUUCAGAGGAAGUUUAAGUGCUGUGGAGGUCAGGAGUAUAAAGACUGGGCGGUCAACAUGUACCACAAUUGUUCUGCACCUGGUCCAUUGGCCUGCGGUGUCCCAUAUACCUGCUGCGUUACUACUAAGCCUAAUGAAGUGGCCAACACUUUGUGUGGCUACAUGGUGCUAGCAGAAGAGCGUUUGUCAUUGAUUGAAAAGAUUCAUAUCAGAGGCUGCACCGACGCUUUCUUUAUCUGGCUGAUGGACAACUAUAAGAUUAUGGCUGGACUGCUGUUAGGGAUCCUCCUGCCUCAGUUCUUUGGUGUGAUAGUCAGCUGGCUGUAUAUCACUCGUGUGGAAGAUGCCAUCAGUGAGUACAGUCACUACACGGAUGGGUUCCUGGACUCAAACCCACAGGAAAGACAAGCCAAGAGCCAGGGCCGCAUGGCCAAAUGGUUUAAGUGUAUGCCAGAGAUCGACUGAUGGAGACAAAAAAAAAAAAAACAGAAAGCAGCGAACAGCUGCUCCAGCCAACAUUCACAGCUGGUUAAAUCACUCCAGUCAAUCAAGAUACUGCUGCAGCCACUGUGGGAAUCUGCCUUUGAACUGCAGGUUUACUACAAGCUCACUGCACUGUGGGGAAAUAAUGUUUGUUUGUGUUUGUUUUUUAUUGGGAAGAAGGAAUUUUUCAGGAACCAGAUUAUAUGGAGUUUACUAUUCAAUUGUUAUUUUUUCCUAUAAACUUACUGUAGAAAUAGAAUAAUUAUCACUUUAUGUGUUAACCACAGUGUACUAAUGUACAAGUGUUAAAUAAGAGCUCAUUCAGAUAUGUGCUUUUAGCUGCACUGUGCCUCAGACAGUCUCAGGGAUACACACAGUGAUAAACAGAAACACCAACACAACCACUUUGCUUCUGGUAUUAUGAUAUGACAUCAAAUCCACAGCACUGACUUACUUUCAUACCAGUGUUCAUUGUGUGUUUUCUACUACCAAUUAAAACAUUUCUGUACUCCUCUACAACCUCUGAUCUUAUCAUCCAACCACUACUGUUGCCAAAACACUUGCAGUGCUAGAUAUUGUAGAACACCAUUUCUGUUGUGUGAAAGCAAGACAUGUCUGCCUUAGUUGUAUAUAGAACUGGACAUACGCUGAAGUUUGAGACUGAUAAUGAAUUAUUUUCAAAUAUUAGCCUGAAUAAUAAGAAUGUAUAUGCUGCAUAUAUCGCAAGUGUCCACUGAACCUCCAUGAUCUGUCCCGCUAAAGAAGUGUUGUCUAUAAUGCUCAUUAUAGACAUUUUCUUAAUUUGUUAAUCAAAACUUUAACUUUGUCUCCCUGUUUGAACUCAAGUCUGCUGCUGAAUGAAGAGAAAAUGCAAAGCAUUAUCCUUUGUGAGACAAAGGGCUGAAUAUUGAAAAUAAAAUAGUCCAAGAUGUAGAGUAGAUGGAAUUGCCUUAGAAAAUCCUACAACAUAUAAUCCUGUGGAGUAUUACAUUUUACAGAUACACACUUGAUAUGAGUGAAUAAUGUGAAGUUAAUGUGCUACUUAAGCAAUAUCACACUGCAGUGUGUGCUGAAGUAUCCAGGCUUCUUCUCUUCAUCCUCUUCUGACAUCCAUACAUCAUUUACUUCUGGAAAUAUAUUCAUCUUUGCAAAGUUUGUUACAAUCCAAGAUAGAUACCGACCGUAAACAUAACGCUAAUUAAUGGUUACACGGGGUGAUACAUGUAGUUAAAAGUCCCAGUGCUGUUGUACUCUCCAUCAGUACUCAUCAUCAUGCCUCUUGUCCAAUCUAAUUACUUGGUCAGAACUAACUGUUGCAGGAUGAACUUUGUUUGGUUUGGUGUGAAGAUGGAAACUGAGACCAAAGACCUGAACUCUCUGGAAGUUGAUUUUUAUGUCACAUCUCUCUGCCUUUGUCUGCUUAAUAUAUAAAAAUCCAUGUUGGAUUGAUCACUCAGUGCAGCUCAGGCUCAGCUGGCUGCAGAAAACAGUCAAUUUACAAAAAAAAGUCACUAACAUGUCGGGUUGUCUCUCACACUGAUACGUUCUGUUUGGCUUUGAAUAGGUGAGGGGGUUUUGAGGUGUCAGCUUGGUCCCUGUUUGACUGUAACUUGUGAAGGUAUUAGCUGGUGGGUUGAAGGUAAACAUUAUAUGUAUGUACUCACUUGGUUUAGGUUUUUUAUUUAUUUGUACUAACCCUGCUUCUUACAGUGAGGCUGCAUUCACACACGGAUUUUCAGGCUUUUUGACACAUUUUUUUUGUCAGUGAUCAUGGAAAUAAGUCAGAUUCAACAUAGAGUAACAUAUAAGGUCUGAGUUUUAGAGACUAUAUAUUUUUUUAAAUAAAGUCUGAUCAGACAGUUGGUUUCCACUUGGGUAACUUCAUUUCUCUGCCUCAUCAAGCCAGACUAAUCUAAUGGUGAUGAGUUAAAAGGACUGUCCUUUAGCAGACACACUUUUCAAUCCAAGUUAUCAAGGGAAUUUGAUUAUGAAAUGUGAAUGUAUUCACCCAGCUCGGAUAGAAACAUAACUAUUACUUUAUAUACUCUGUAUUUUAUAGUAUGUAUGUCUGUUAGUAUAGUAUGAAUCCUAAGCAUACUGCACCAUACUUAUAGUCUAACCAAAGAAGGUCCAUACAUAUUACCUGUACUGUGUACCACAUGUCAGAGGUUGUAAAUAUUACAUGACAAAAAGUUUUAUGUAACUAUCAUGACUAGUUAAAGUACCAGUGUUUUCUCUUUAAAAGAAUAAGAUGAUACAUAGAUGUAAAUUCAAAAUUCAAGGGGAAAGUUCAAAUUCAAUGGAGUUGCACAAAACCACAAUUAUUAAAAGAAGUAUGGUCUGUUGACAAAAGGUUUUGCCUGUUCGAGGGUGGACAAUAAAAUGAUUUGCUUUUUGA